AUGAAUCUACUCCAAAUAAUCUUGGAGUUGAUUUUAAAUUGGUGGGCUUGUAAAAGAAUUGUAAUUACUCUAUUUUAAUUAUUAGAAUUCACUGUAGGAACAACUUGCAGUGGUCCGACCUUAUAUACCUUCGGUUUCAGAUGGGUGGCAAUGGAUAGUGAAGAUAUAUAUGUAGUUAACUCAUUUACUACAACUCCAGCUCAUUCUCUAACAUAUCCUCACUCAGCGCCAAAUGCAACAGCUGCUUUCGUAAGUCUAUUUACUUUUGGUUACACGGGUGAAGUUAAAUUUUAGAUCUAAGUUAUUGAACUAAAUUCGACUCAUGUUACAGUUGGAAUCGAUAAUAUAAAUAACUUAAGAACUUUAGGAUUUCAAAUUAUUUUGCAUCCAAUUUCAUUUGUAAAAAUAGUAGAUUCAAUCAAUGCUAUGUCUUCUUUUACUAGUCCUUCUUAUGCACUCUAACCAAAGUCCUUUUUCAUUAUGCCCUUCCAAGGCUUUUGGCAUAUCCCAGAUACAGAAAACGUAACUAUUAAACAUACACAAACUCAAACAUCAACAGAUAUUUCAUAUACAUCUGAUUCUUAGGGUAAUACUUAUUACUUGAAUAAUACUCAUUUGGUACUUUGGAUAAUUAAUGACCCUCUGCCUGCAGAAUGCACUACUAUUAGAAUAACCUAAAUAAAGGAUUUAUAAGCCAGUACCAGACCAACAAUAUAAAUUUCAGUACCUGAGCUAAAUUUGGUUUAUGAUACAUUGGGCUAGUACGAUCUUAAAUUGACCGCUUCUCAGGUAGUAAUAAACAUUUAAGUGUAUGCGAAAUGUUUUAAAAAUAAAAAGUAUGUUAGUUAAUUCAAUAAGUGCAACACUUGUUAAAGUAAAAGAUAUAUGAAUUUCACUCAUAACUGUUAUGGUGCCAUUAAUACUCUUAUUUACACAGCUAGACUUACUUAAACUAUGCUAACCAGUCAAUAAUUAGUAUUGUAUUUAUAUGCCACGAGCUGCAAAAUAACAUGGUUACUACAAACCUCCGUAAUUGAAGAAACAAUCAUUUUGCAAGUUUAAUAAUAAACUAUCUGA